AUGGGGGUGGAGGAGCGGGCCAUCCUGGUGCUGCAUAUGCUCGUGAUUUUCAUGAGGAUCUCGAUGGACGGCCUGCUCUUGGCGAGCCUGGCCGCGCAAGUGGAGUUCCUGGUGAUGUGGUCGCUCGCGGUGUUCCUGGCUCUCCCGAUCGUCUGCCCGCCAGUGGCGCUAAAGAUCGCAUCGUCCAGGGGGCUCCUCGUGGUGCUAGUGCUCAUUAAGUUCACAGUUCGUUCGGUCGUCGGCCUGGUAAUCGCGAUCUUGGCCAGGCUCAUGGUGGUCCUGGAGAUGGUGAUGUUCAUAAUCUUCUUGGUGCUUGUGAUCGUUGCCCUGCUGAUGGCAUUCCUGGAGAUUCUCGUGGUAUUCAUGGUCGUGCGGGCGCUCACGGAGUUUCUGAUGUUCCUGAUCGUCGGCCUGCUGAUAGCGUUCGUGGUGGCGCUGGUUCUUAUGAUGUAA